CAGCAGCACCGUCUCUUGCCCGCAGUCGGUCGUCGAGUCGUGCUCGAACUUGCAUUUGACACUUUUGACAGUUCAAGAAUCGAACCAGGGACUCGGGUUGUGCUCGUGCAGGAGGAGAAAUGGCGAGUCUUUGCGCCCAGAAGUGCAUCCCCUCGAUUUACGGCAGGUUCGGCCACGUGCGUUCAGCGGUGAGAGCUGCCUCGUCGCUGGUGGCUGGUGAACCAAAGGGACCCACUGUCAAGACCCAAAUUCCAGGGCCGCGGUCCAAAGAGCUGCUGCAAGAGCUCAAUCAAAUUCAGCAAGCUGGCUCAAUUCAGCUGUUCGCCGACUAUGACCGAUCAAUUGGCAACUACUUGGCCGAUGUGGAUGGCAACGUCAUGCUGGACGUCUACACCCAAAUCUCCUCCAUGCCUUUGGGCUACAACCACCCUCACCUUCUGCAAAUGCUCACCGAAAAUCCCCACAACAUUAAAACAAUUGUGAACCGACCAGCAUUGGGCGUCUUCCCAGGCGCAGACUGGAACUCCAAGCUGAAGAAUGUUCUGCUGGGAAUCGCGCCGGCCGGACUUGACCAAAUCACGACCAUGGCCUGUGGCUCUUGUUCAAACGAGAAUGCGUACAAGGCGAUUUUCAUGGCGUACCGCCAGAAGCAGCGCAAGGGCGACUUCACCCCUGAGGAAAUUUCCUCGUGCAUGAUCAACCAGGCGCCGGGCAGCCCUGACCUCAGCAUCCUCUCAUUCCACGGCGCCUUCCACGGCCGCACCAUGGGCGUUUUGUCCACCACUCACUCCAAGGCUAUUCACAAACUGGACGUGCCCGCUUUCGACUGGCCGAUCGCGCCCUUCCCGAUUUACAGGUAUCCCCUUGAGGACAACAAGGCAGAGAACGCGGCCGAGGACAAACGCUGCCUGGCCGCCGUGGAGCAAUUAUUCGAGGACUACGCCAAGAAGGGCCGCCCUGUUGCAGGCAUCGUCGUUGAGCCCAUCCAAGCUGAGGGCGGAGACAACGAAGGAUCUCCCGAGUUCUUCCAGGGCCUGCAGAAAGUGGCUCGCAAGAACGGAGCGUCCUUGUUGAUUGAUGAGGUGCAGACCGGCGGAGGACCAACUGGAAAGAUGUGGUGCCACGAGCACUUCAAUUUGGACGGCCCGCCGGACGUUGUCACUUUCAGCAAGAAAAUGCUCAUCGGUGGAUUCUAUCAUACAGCUGAACUUAAACCUCCUCAGGCUUAUCGAAUUUUCAACACCUGGAUGGGUGACCCUGGCAAGCUGGUGUUGCUAGAGGGUGUGCUCGAGGUGAUCAAGAGGGACAAUCUGCUGGAGCAAGUGAAGCGUUCGGGCGACCGACUUCUACUGGGUCUGAAGCAGCUGCAAAAUGAGUAUCCUGCUCUGAUCAGCAGAGCCAGAGGCCGAGGCACCUUCUUGGCGGUCACCUGCAGCAGCACCAAACUCAGGGAUGACCUGGUCGGACGCCUUAAAACUAAAGGUAUUCAGAGUGGCGGCUGCGGCGAAGAUUCAAUCAGACUUCGGCCAGCGCUUGUCUUCCAGGAGCACCACGCUGAAAUCUUCCUUGACCGCCUCCGCCAGGUGCUUUCCGAGACCAAGUAAAGGUAUUAAAGGUAAGGUGCCAAGCGGUGGUGGUGCAAACACUCUUCUUGAUGGCCAAUCAUUUUAUUUUGGGCUGAGCACAAAGCAAGCAAGCAAGACGCGUCUUCCACCAAAAAUGCUUUUAUUUUAUUUUUAUAGAAGUCAAAAUGCAUGGCUUCGAUAAUUUACCUGUGCCAUAUGCAACUCAUAAACGCCACAUUGAAAUAAAUCGUCUUCCAUCGACAUCGUCGUUAAAAAAUGUGCCGUUAAUAUAUAUCACAUUUAAUGCUCAGUGUUUCCCCUAAAAUUAUAAUUUGACAUUCCUAAAUUUUUCCAAAUGAAAAGUAAAAUCAGGAAUCUCCAUCUGUGAUUGUCGAGCAAAUUCCAUAAAUUUAUGGUAACAUUUCACAUUAUUGUGUUCACCCUUCUCGUGUGUAGAAAAAAAUAUAAGAAAUAUUCAAUGUGUUUAUGUCUUGAAAAAUAAAAUAUAUAUAUGCAAAUUUGUGGCAUAGGAUCCUUAGUUCAAAACCAGAAAUU